AUAACAUGACCUAUUAAAGAAGAAGAAGAAGAAGAAGAAGCCAUGGCGAGAUCAUACUACAACAAUCCAUCAUACAUAGACUAUAUAUCUGCCCCAAACCCUCAUCUACUCUUCUUCAUCGUUGUCGUCUCUUUUGUUUUCUCACUGUCAUGGUACUUGAACUACGAAUCAGUUCUCGAGGAGACGUUGAAUCAAGUAAAGCUCUUCCUGAUGCUGUCUCCUCUGAUUCUUCUCCUCCUCCUCCACUUUUUCUCCCGCGACCUCUCCUUCUUCGUUCCGCUGCCGGAGCCAGACUCCAUCCACCGUGCCGGUGGCUCGCCGUGGGGCGUCGCCCUCGUCCUCGUUGUCAUCUUCUUCAUGGUCUCUUACCAAUCUUAUUUUCAUGAGAGAUGGUUUCCCCUCGGCCGGGACUAAGUAGUUUAUUAUGAUUAUGUAUGUAUGUAUGUAUGUAUGUAUGUAUGUAUGUAUGUAUGUAUGUAUGUAUGUAUGUAUGUAUGUAUUGACUCUUGGGUUUAUUUUUCUAUUCAGUUUCGGUUUCUUUUCCCCAUCUUGAAAAUAUGAGCUGAAGUAGCUAUUUUUUUUUUAAAAGAAGUUUAUACAGGCUGUGUUUGAUCGGUCUAUACAUGUAUUUACGUAUGUAUGUAUGUAUAUUGACUCGGGUUUUUUUCCUUUUCUUUUCUUUAUAUUGGAAAUAUUGGAAGUGAGCUAAAAUAUAUAUGAAACAAAGUAAUUGUUGUGUUUUUCUUCUUCAAUUAAUGUAUAUGUGAAUGGGUAGGCAUAGUUGUACAUGACAAUGUGAUGGCAGUUGUUUAUGUCAAUGUAAUGUUUUUAUUUUUA